AUGUCUCGGAACCAGGAGACCGACCUGCUAGCUCCACACGCCGCGGAAGGUCUUAUCCAAACGCACGACGUCACCGCAAAGAUGGGCGGUGACAUGAAAGGAGGACCGGCCGAGAAAACUAAAAAGAAAAAGUCGGCGGGAGGGGAGCGCAUGAAGUACCACAAACCGACUUCGAAGCGUCGAGCACUUCAGGACCAGCAGGACACGCGAAUCCGGCCGUCCGAUCUGAUCCUUGAAGUCACUCGCGGCGGCGGUGGCGGCGGAGGACUCGGAGCGGACGCCUGCGCCACACCGCGCAUCGUGGAGUUCCUGAACUUGGAGGACAACACCUCGGCCAUCACGAGCACGGUAAGGCUGGACGAGCCACUGUUCCAGCCCCACCCCUCGAGGGUCGUGUUCGAGGGGUACGAGGCGUUCGGUCAGCAGCAGAAGGUGCUGUGCUUCAGGAACAACGACUCGGUCAACCGUCGGCUCAAGCUCCUUCCCCUGGACAGCCCUCACUUCUCGGUGUCUGGUCCUCGCAGCCCCCACAAGCUGAAGGCUCUCAAGCAAACCAAGAGACUCACAGAAACUCUAUACGUACGGAUGAAGGUGGCCCCCGGCAUGGAGGUGUGCUACGUGGUGACGUUCAAGCCGCAAGAGGUCCGAGCCUACUCGGUCGAGCUGAUGGUCGUGACGGAGAGGGAGAAGUUCGUCGUUCCCGUUGGAGCUCUGGGGCACCGCGCCGUGCUCGAUUUUCCUGACCAGAUCGCCAUGCCUCACACGGCCGUAAAAGCUACCGGGACCAAGAACAUCGUGGUACGAAAUCUCGGCACCCGCACGGCUAGCGCAUCCCUCUCCUGCGAGCCCGCCGGAACUUUCAGCAUCAACCCUGCGCAAGUGGUUGUUCCCGUUGGGACAAGCUCUCAGCUGGAGUUGGCGUUCAACCCAGAACGGUCCAUCAGGUACGAGGGAGAGCUAGUGGUGGAAUAUGACAGCGGGGAGAGGACAUUUGUGGCCUUGUCUGCCUCGGCGGGAGGGGUCGACGUUUGCCUCAGCACGCCUUACCUUCAACUCGAGCCGGCGUAUAUAGGGCUGUGCAGCCAGAAGACCCUCAAGAUCGUUAACAGGAGUGAAAUUCCCGUCAAGUUUUCAUGGGAGGCGUUCGCUACGUCCGAGGAAGAGGAGGAGGAACGGAGCAGGCUGCACGCUGAAAUGACCAGGAUGCAAAGCCUGGAAGAGGAAGCCCUGCUGAGCGGAACGGUCGCCGGCCAGCAAUCCAGCGGUGCCCGUGGCGGUGGCAGCGGCCGCACCGGUGGCGGUGAAGAUGCGGAGGGACCUCAAACCGACGGAGACGAAACCGACGACUACUCCGACCAGGAGGAGUGGGCCACCGCCACGGCAAGCACCGUGGCCGCGUUGGGAGCUAGCCACAGCGGAGGUGGAGGAGAAGGGGCAGGAACCGUGACGGCGUCGUCAUCGGUAGGGCUGCCCCCGAGCUUCCAGGCGGCCCAGGCGGCGCUCAAACGCAAGUACCGGCACCUCCGGCGAGCGCUGGGCAAGGACGCGAUGCUCUUCGCGGACGAAAUCUUCGAGAUCCGCCCGCUAGAGGGGGAGAUCUGGGCCCGGAGCGAGAUCGAGGUUACCGUGUUCUUCCGCCCGCGCACGACGACCGAGUACGGCUCGCACGCCUUCCUCGACUGCAUCGGGAGGGAGGAGCGGCUCCCGCUGCGGCUCGGCGGGAGCGGCAUCGGCCCCAAGGUCGUGCUGAGCUUCGACGUGCUGGACAUGGGGGAUGUCUUCAUCAACAGCAGGCACGUGCACGAGGUGACGCUGCUUAACCGCGGGGACAUCGCUGCGGAUUGGACGCUCCAGGCGCCGCAGACGCCGUUCUCGCGCAAGUUCCGUUUCGGCCCGAUGAAGGGCACCCUGGAUGUGAAGGACAGCGUUACCGUAACGAUGGAGUUCGAGUCGGACAUCCUUGGGGAGUUUUCGGAAUUGUUCCGGUUCGUCCUCAGGGGGAACGAGGAACCCGUACCGUGCCAGUUUAAAGGGCACGUGAUCGGCCCGACGUUCCACUUCAACGUGGACGAGGUCGACUUCGGGGCGGUGAGCUACGACUGCCCCGUCAGCGCCUCCAUCGUCCUCACCAACACCUCGGACAUCUCCAUGGUUUGGCGCGCGAGGGUGCCUCAGGACGGAAAUUUCCGGAAGCGGGAGCUGACGAUAACGCCUUCCCGGGGAACCCUGUCGCCAGGCCAGAGCGUGGACCUCCUCGUGGAGCUCAUGAGCCAGACCGUCAAGGUGUACGAGUACUACAUCACCGUAGACGUCGAGGGCGUCGGUGAGGAGUUGCUCAGCAUCCCCCUCAAGGCGGAUUGCCAGGUGCCAGCGGUCGAGCUUGAGUCCAAAGACCUGGCCUUCGGGGAGUGCUUCGUCCGCUUCCACGAGCCGCAAACCCUGGUCCUCGUGAACAAAAACAAGGAGCUGACUGGGCUGUUCAGGGUUGUGCCGCAGGCCGCCUCGACGUACGCGAUCGCGAGGGUGUCGCCGGAGCCGGAGGAAGGGCAGGUGCCCCCGGGAGGAAGAGCCGAGGUGAAACUGUGGCUCACGUGCGAGAAGCUCGGAGGCUUUCGCCUUCCUGUCACAGUCGAGAUUAAAGGCAGCGUCGAGCCUCCUCUGCAGGUCACCAUCACUGCGACGAGCAUCGGCCCGGUCGUUAAGCCGGACCUGGAGUCCAUCGCGUGGGGCCCGACGCCGUGCCUCGUGGACGUACCCCGUGGACUCCAGCUCUCCAACCCCGGCAAGAUUCCUGCCCCGUUCAAGGUAUUCCUGAGGAGCUCAAGGUCCAAGUAUAGGGUGGACAUCCGCGAGGGGGUGCUUGCUCCAUCCGAGGAGGUCGCGUUGACCAUCACCGCGAAUCUGGACGACACAAUAAGCCACAAGGACGAGAUCCACGUUAUCGUCACCGAGGGAGACAACCUCCUCAUCCCUCUUUCGGCAAGAGGCACGGGUCCCACCGUGUGGUGUGCCGAAGACAUCUCCGUCGUAGACUUUGGCCCGGUGUUCACGAACAGCACCUGCGUCCGGCGCAUCACGCUGGAGAACAAAGGGCGAAGACAACAGGCUCUCAAGUGGGUAAAUAGCACCGUCAAGGACAAGCAGAUGAUCGCCGCGGCAAGGCUAAAGGCGCAGCAGAAGAAGGACGCCGCCCUGCAGGCUAACGGCGGCGGCGGCGGCGGUAGUAGCCGGGGCUCGAAGCGCGCGGAGAUGACGCCGCAGGCGGCUUUCACCGUCACCCCGCAGGAGAUCGAGCUGCGCCCGCGCACCGCGAUCACGUUCACGUUCCGGGGCACGAGCCCGGCCAUCGGGCGCGCGUCCGAGAGCCUCUACUGCGAGGCCAGAGUAGGCAAGGAGAAGCACACGCGCCAGGUGUUCAAGACGGAGGCGACCGCCGAGUUCGUGGCCCCCCUGCUGUGCUUCAGCCGGCCGGAGUUCCACUUCAGCCACGUGUGGGAGCCGGAGGUGCCCAUGACCCCGUCCUUCGAGGAGCUCGAGAUGACCAACACCGGGCGGCUGCCGCUGGACUUUUCCGUGCGGACUCACCCCCCUUUCAGCGUCGAUGCCGUGGAGCACUCGCUCGGGGUCGGGGAGACGGGGAAGCUGACCGUUGGGUUUGAUCCGGGGUAUCGCGGUGACAGCCAGAGCUACCGGUACGAGUCGAAGUUAUCGGUCACCUACCGUGAUCACCCCCAAAAGGACGGGCUGCUCGUAGUCGGGGCGGUGGCUUACCCCAACCUGGAUUUUGAGUACACCAAGGUGAGCUUCGGGUGUGUCCUGAACGACACGACCAUGACAAAAGCCGUCCGGGUCACAAACAACUCCGUGGUUGACUGCACCUUCAGCUGGUCCUUCCUCGAGGACGUCGACGAAGGCCGGCAGAGCGCGACGGCCCGGCGGCCCUACAUCCCCGUGAACCAGAUCUUCGACAUCCUGCCGAUCCGCUCGUUUUUGCGGCCGGGAGAGUCGGAAGAGGUAGAGUUCGUUUACUACGGCCACGCCAACAGGAAGGCGCUCGGCAAGUGUGCCUGCGACGUCACCGGCGGCCCGGCCUACACGGUCGACCUGGUGGGUGAGGCCAGCAACGUCGGGUUCCGGCUGGACAAGGCCCACCUCGACUUCGGCCGGGUGCUGUACAGCGGAUGCGAGGAGCGGGAGCUGUUCAUCAUCAACACGGGGAGGGUCGCGUUCCCGUUCCGGGUGCUGCUCGACCAGCUGACAAGGCCAAAAGUGCUGGAAGUGCACCCCGCGACGGGUAUUGUGCACGCUGGGGAAGAAAAGAAAAAGGACUCAAAUAAAGCUAGGAUCAUGGUUCGCUUCCGGCCGGGAUUGCCGGAAAAGAUGAGAGAAAUCAUCGUGAUCGAGGCCGGUCACUUUGACCCCGUGGAGGUCCCUGUGUACGGGGAAGGAGUUUACGCAGCGGUGGCUGUUUCGCUGCCGCGGGACACGAGCGUCACUCCGUGGGGUCAGCCGCUUACGGACGAACCUGGGCAGGCGACGUGGACCACACUCCUCGGCGACGCGAGGCAAGGCCUUGUCAACGCCGACCCUCUGCUCACCCCCCCGGAAGAGGGAAACCUGCCCCCCCCUCCUAACGCCUCCACCAGCAUCGGCCUCCUCGCCGGGAACACGACGCCAACGACGGCACCCGGAGGAAACCACAACAACCGUCACUCUCAACCUAACAGCAGUUCCUCCUCCUCUUCCCACGGGCUGCUGGCCCCUCCCACCGUACAGAGCGAAGCGACAGGGGGGGCAGGCUACAACCGCUCCGCCACGGCUUCGACGGCCGCGCCGGGAACGGCCGCAUCGUCCAGAGGCGGCGGGAAGAGCAGCACUAUCGGGGGCACGGCGGUGUCGGCUCACGGAGCCACACCGCUAGCUGAAAGAGAAAACGCGGAAGGACAUUUGUCCGUGCCAUCCCCGGAGGCGGGCAGUAGGAGAGCGGGACGGGGGGCUGCUGGGGGUAAGACGGGCAGCGCUGGUGCUAGUGCUGGUGGAGGUAGUGGUGGCCCGAGCCACUUCGAUACGGAGAUGGAGGCCAACCGCUUGGCAUAUGUUCUCCACCUUCAGGCGGAAGCGGAGAUAGAAGAGUACUCGGCGAUGGCAGACGCGAUCAACGAGGCCAACAGCGUCGCCGAGAAGACGACAGCCUCUUACAACACCCCCAACAGCGGAGCAGGAGGCGGGAGCGCGGGAAGCAAGAGAGGGAACAACGCCGCGGCUGGGGCUUCCCGGAGCAACCGCAGCGGCGGCGACUCUGUCGCUGAGGGUCGGCAGAGCGGAACGUCUGCAGGCAGCCGGCGCGUGAGCAGAGCCGGUGGUGGUGCACGCAGCGCUCAGAAAUCCGGGAGCCCCUCCGUCAAAUCCAGGGCUCCUGGCGGCGGCGGCGGUGGCGGUGGCGGCGGUGUUGUUGCCGGCGGUGGGGGCGGCCAGUCUGUCGGUUCGAAGGACUCCGCCGGUUCCUACACGGUCGCCCGUCACGUGGCCGACUUCGGCAACGUCGUGGUGGGUUUCACCAAGACCAAGGCGUUUCGGGUGGCCAACACCGGCAAGCUCGGACCCGUGUCGUGGUCGUUCAACAAGAACUCCCUCGCCGGGUCCGGGUACUCCAUCGAGCCGGAGAAGGUUGUCAGGCUACCCGAGGGCGCCAGCGCCGCGUUCUCGGCGUCGUUCCAAGCCAGAAAGGGGUUUCCGCACGGAAUUCGAUCCCUGGAGUUGCCGAUCACGCUCAAGAACGGCCCCCAGACGGUGGUAGUCCUUAGGGCUAACGUAACUUCGCCCGAGGCGGAGCUGUCCCACGAGGAGCUCGACUUUGACAGCGUUCUCGUUGGCCAGAGCAAGACUAAGUACAUCCAGGUUCACAACAUAUCGCCGGUCAUAGCGGAGUGGGACUUCAAGCGGCUAUUCGGAGACCCGCGGGAUGAAGUGAAGUUCAAGAUGACGCCCAAAGGCGGCUCUCUGCACAAAGACCAGCGGGUUAACGUCCAGGUUGAGUUCGUCCCCACUGACGAUCGCGUCUACUCCCUUAAGAUGGCGGUCAGGGUCGCGAGCACGACCAAAAACGCCUCGGUGGUGCUACAGGGGCGGGGGGCUCAGCCGCGCGUUAGGUUUGACCCCCCUAUGCUGGACAUGGGGCCGGUGUUGCCUCACGCCCCGCAGGGGGACAGCCGCGAGGUGACGGUGUUCAACGAUAGCGCCUGGGACGUGGAGAUAUUCUCCCUGGAUUUCGACAAGGCACACCUGGUAGAGGAGGAGAUCCUCUCCAGGGCCACCUGCUUCGCCGCGGACGAGGUCCUCCGUCUCCCCCCCCGCCUCCCCGGCCAAGGGCUCCACCAGUCCCUGAUCGACGUCGCCCGCGCCCAGGACGAAGCGGCCAAGCGCGCGGAGCGCCGGGAGGCCAAGGAGGCCCGCCGCCGCGCUCGAGAGGCCGCCGCCGCCGCGGCCGAAGCCGGAGACGACGGCGCCAACAACAACGAGGGCGGUGCGGGGGGAGGACCGGCCGAAGACGCCGCCGAGGGUGUCGGUAUCGACGGCGGCGAAGCGGCGGCCGCCGCGGCGGCGGCCUACGGCGACGAGCCGUGGCUGGAGACCGCGGCGGAGGUGCUGGAGCGCAACCACGACACCGGCAGCGGCGGCGGCGGCGGCAUCCCCGAAUGGGAGAGGGUCCCGACCGCCCGCGAGGAGGGCAGGGCGCACGACGUCGUGGUGACGGGACCCCCUCUCUCCGGGAAGUCUACCCUCGCGCGAGCGCUCGGGGCGAAGUAUUCCCUGCCGGCGCUCACCGUGGAUGGGGCCGUGAGGGGGGCCCUGCGGCUGAGGAACAAGCUCGGCGCAAGGGUCCGCGAGGCCAUCCACUGGUUCACUGCAAAGGAAGAGGCUCGUUGGGUCCGAGACGUUGAAGCUGCGAGGGAGAAGGUAGCAGCCGAGACUGCGGAACCUAUCCCCGUCCCGAAGGGAAACAAGAAGGCAGCGGCGGCGGCCGCGGCCGCCGCAGCCGCAGCAAACGAGGCCGGCCCCGCGCAGGCAGUCCUAGCGCUUACCGCCCUCCUGGAGCCGCAAGGCUUGUCGGCCGAGCUCUUGGUGGAGGUGCUACAGUGGCGCUUGGCACAGGCGGACUGUGACCGGGGUGCUGUGCUGGACGGACUUGACUCCCGCUUGGCCGCGAAGUCCACGGCAACUGCUGGGAUGUCCAAGAAAGGGGUUGGCCAGAGGGGCGCAAGGAUGGGUGCCGCUGCUGCCACCGCUGUCGACGUGGCUGCGAGGGCGGCGUCCAGCGCCAUGCCCACGGCGCGGUUGCUGGUGCUCCGCUUCAAGGAUGAGGAAGACGGCUACGUUGCGCGCCUGGACCGUCUAAAGCGGGAGGCCGGCGAGACCCUGGACUUGUGGGGAGACGAGUUCGAAGAACAGCUCACCCCCGAAGACCUUGGGUUCGUGGACCCGUCCUCCUACUCCGACGACGGUGUCGAUCUAGAAAACCCUCGACCCAGCACCAGUAGCGGCGAGUUGGACAUGAUGGGAGACGACGGCGAAGAUAAGGACGGCGAUGCAGCUGUGACUGUCGGGGAGGGGGACAACGUGCUUCUCGUCGGCGGUGACGGUAAGGCCGAGGAAACCGGAGGAGAAGGAGCGGCGGGGGCGGCAGAUACCACCAGAGGUGUGCCGAUGCCGCGGCCGAUGGACGUCGAGGAGCCGGAAUGGGAUGGAAAUGGGGAUUGCGUUCCGCUGCCUGUCUGGAAGGAGUUGUCGGAGGCGGAGCUAUGGGCACUAGACGACAAGCAGCGUGACGAGCACUUUCGCUUGGACGAACGGCAUCGCCGCGACGAGUUCAACCGCGCCAGGAGAACCGCGGACCGCGUUAACCUCCUUCUCACGCGGACCCCGGCGGCGGCGGCGGUGGUGACAACCCCAGCAACGGCACCGGUACCAGCAGAAACGUCGGCGUUGCCGUCGGGGCCGUCAAAGGAGAAAGGCGGCGGUGGCGGGUCCAAGGCUACCGACGGAGGGUCGAGCGGGCUGGAGCCUGGACGGGACGAAGCCGCCGAGACACCGGCAACGCCCCCCACUGCAUCUCCCUUCGUAGAGUUCACCCAGAAUCUAGUGGCCUUCGUUCUGCCGGUUUUCGAACGCUUUGCCGCGAGCUCUUCUCCCCUCGGCGGCACCAACGCCGUGUCUCGCCCAUGCUCACCAGGACGCGGCGGGGACAGCGGCUACGGAGAACAAGAGGCGGCCACUGUGGGUGGUGGGAGCGUGGACGGCGGCUCUCUCGCCGAUGGCCCUAUCGCCGGAGGCUCUCUGGCAUCCGAGUCGGUCGCCGGACAAAACGGUGGCGACGACGGCGCCGCCGUCCUGGCGAGAGGCUUGUCGUCGUCAGCGACGGACUCGAUCGCCAGCGGUGGGGAGCCUGCUGCCGCUCUCGCCUCGGCGUUGCGGGUGAUCGACCUCGAGGUGACGGGGGACUCCGAGGCCGAGACGGACUUGCAGUCCGCACGGGAGCUGCUGCCGGAGCCGGCGGUACCGGCGCCGGACCCCAAGGUUGUCGCCAUCCCGCCCGACAAGAUUCGCGCCGGAGAAUCCGUCAGCUUCGUGGUCAAGUUCUCCAGCUCGAGCGCUGGAGUGUUUGACGUCCCCCUGACCUUCGAGGCCGUCGGGACGGGGCGGCGAUACUCCCUUCAUGUCUCUGGCACGUGCGCCUUCCCCUCCAUAAACUCCGACCCCAGAAACGUGUUCAUGAGGAGGGUCAAGCACCGGGCGGAGGGCGCCGUGCCGCCGGUUAGCAAGCGCUUCGUCGCCUCGAGGGGUCAGUACGAGUUCGGCCCGCUGCUGACCUGGAAAAGGGCGGAAAACAGAGUACCGCCGAAGUUGACAUCGGAGGAAAAGGCGGCUGUGGCGGCCGGGGGGGCUGGAGGAGGGGAGAAACUGCUGGCAAAGGCCCGCUCCAAGGAGGAGGCCCGUGCCACCCUCGUCAAGACUAACGCCGAAACCUUCCGGCUAUCAAAUGACGGAAAGUUUCCGGUCAAGGCCGCCGGGGGUGGUAAAGGCGGGGCUCUGGCUGCCCCGGCGACCGCCGCAGCCGACCGAAGAGACUCGGACCACGGUGAUGGGCAUGGUCUACAAGGGUCGUCCAAGCGCAGAACGUUCUACGUGGAACCCGAGACCCUGGAGCUGGCCAUCGGCGAGACGACUGAGGUACGGGUGUGGGCUUUCCCCACCGAGGUGAAGGAGUACAAGGACACCCUCAUCGCGUGCCUCACGGACAACCCUCGGCCCGUACUGUUCCCAGUGUCGUGCUCUGGUGCGGCCCCCUCGAUGGUCCUAGAGGGGCCCUGGGAUAAGCUUUUGCCGGCGGCGCAAGCGGCCCUGGAGGAGCUGGGCAGUCCGGAGGACUUGCCGGAGGAUGCCCCGGCGGCGGCGCGUGCAGAGCUGGAGGCCGCCUUGUCGGAAGCGGAGGAGCGCGUUCGCCAGGCCAAGGAGAGGGGCGCCGUGAUCGACUUCGACCGGCUGUUGCUGGGACGCGUAGAGUCCCGCGACUUCGUCGUCCGGAACGCCUGCCAGGUGCCGUGCCGGUGGAGAGUGGACGCCUCCCACCCGGUGUUCCUGGAAAACCCGGACGACUUCCGGGUAAUGCCCGGCAGCGCCACGGAGGGGGUAGUGGAGGUGGGGGGCACGGCCAGGGUGACGGUAAUGUUCUCGGCGGGGAAGGAAGGGGUGUUCGAGCCCACCGUCGCGAUCGAGUACACCGACGACGAGGUCGGUUUCGGGGCGGCGGAGGAAGGGCGGCAAGGAGGAGUCGGGGGAAGAGUGGUCCGGCAGGAGGUGAAGAUCGUAGCCGAGGCGUAUCGCAUCCGGGCGGUCGCCUUCGAGACUCCCGACGAGGCGGCCCACGCCGAGCAAGAGGCGGCGGACGCGGCGGACGCGGCGGCGGCGGCGGCGGCGGCGGCGGCGAACGGGAAAGCAGCGACCGGAAAAGCGGAGAAGGGCGGCCGCAAGGGUAGCACCAACGAUGUCACUUCCGCGGCGGAAGCUGCACCGGCGCCGGCGGCGGUCGAGCAGCGGCCGCCUCGAAAGAACGAUGGGUCGCUGGACUUUGGGAGGAAGCGGGUCGGGGACUCCGCGAACGAGCGUUUCACGCUCCGGAACCGGGGGAAGUACAAAAUUGCUUUCGCUUUCCGGAUGAGGCGAGGCAUCGCGGCGUCUCUCUUCAAGGUGGAACCCUCCCAGGGGGUUGUCGAGCCCGGCCAGGCGGUGGAAGUGUGCGUGACGUUCUGUAGCAGGGAGGAGACCCACCUCAAGGACAACCGGGACAUCCGCUGCGUCAUCACGGAGCCCCACACAGGGGAGGCCGUGGAGGAGUUCUCGGUGGUCGCCUCCGCCAUCUCGACCUGGAGCCGCUUCCGGCUGCAGCCCCGCCGGGGCAUCAACUUCGGCCCGGUGGCCUUCAACGCGGACAGCAUGACCAAGACCUUCGAACUCAAGAACGAGGGCGAGUUCGAGUUCGCCUUCGCGGUGCAAGGGAAGGGGCUUCCGUCGGCGCCGCACGAAGCCGCGAUCCGGGAGGCAACCCCCAACGCGCUGCUACCGCCGGACGAACAAGCUCAGAAGGAGAGCGAAACGACGGCCGCCGCCGCCGUCCCCGAAAAGGGCGGCGCGAAGGGUAAAGGAAAAGGGGCCACGGUCGCCCCGGCCGGUCGGAAGGGAUCGAAGGGGGCCGUUAAGCCCGCUCUCGAGGUUCCAGACGACCCCAUCUCGCUCGGGAGAUUCUACGUCGCCCCCUCCGGGGGGCUGGUGCAGCCGGGCCAGAGCGUAAGCGUCACGGUGCGGUACAGCCCGGAGAACGCAAACGCCCACCGCGAGAGCCUGUGCCUGAAGGUCUCGGGAUCGGACCCUUCCGACGGGGCGUGCGCCCUGGCCGCGUCGUACGACCUCCUCGCCGAGUCGUGCGUGCCGGGGAUCGUUACCUCGGACUGGCGGGACAUCUUCGAGGAGCAGUCGGUGAUCCCGUCCCUUGCCGACGUCAUGGAUGAUGAUUGGGCGGCCGCAGCGGCGGCGACAGCCGGGGGGAAAGGCCGCGGCGGAGGUGGCGGCGGAGACGGGGCGGGCGGAGGGAGUGGUGCCGCUGGUGGAAGGGCGGGAGGAAGGGUCUGCUUCGCGAUAGAGCAGCUCAUGUUUACCUUCGGGAGCGUGGUGUCCAGCCAAGUUCCGGUCGGCAUCUGCGAGCGGUUCAAGAUCAGCAACAGCAACAAGAUUCCCUGCACUGUCAAGUUCGCCAUCUCCCCGGCGGCCGGUCCGAACGACAGCGAUCCGGCGCCCGUGGACCCCAAGGCCAAGAAAGGAAAAGGGGGGAAGGCGGCAGAGGAAGAACCAGCUCCGGGGGAGGCGGACGUGGCCGCCUUCGCCGUCCACCCCGAAGCGUGGGACAUUCCGCCGCACGAGCACCGCUACGUGUCGGCCUACUUCCGACCGACGGAGAUGCGGUCUUACCGCUGCCAGUUCGAGGCCGUUGUGUCGGACAACGACGACGCUUCUACGGGAAAACUAAGCUUCCUGUUGUCCGGCAAGGGCACCAUGCCGACGGUGACCCUGGAGAGUCCCCUGGUCAGAGACCAAUCGGGCGCGGUGAUCAUGGACUUCGGAGAGGUCUGCGCGAGGAAGUCUCGCCGCCUCCCGCUGGUCCUCCGGAACGAUGGCAUCUUGCCCGUGUCCUGCCUCUUCGAGCUGGAACUCCCUGACGCGCGGGAAGGCGGCGGUACCCCCGCGGCGGAGUCGGUGAUCAAGAAGCAAAACCGUCAGCGGAAGGGAGACUUCCUGUUCGCGGCCGCGGGAGGCUCCGUGACCCUGCAACCCAAGGAAAGGAAGGCGAUGGAGGUGGUUUUCCAGCCCCGGUGUAAGCCCAAGGAGGGCGAGCCCGAGCCCCUGAGCCAGGACCUCAAGAUGACCGUCCUCCACAACCCUUUCGACGCGGCCGUGUUCAAGCUGUCCGGCACGUGCCUCAGCCACGACGUCGUUUUCGACGAGCUCCCGGGGGCGUCGGUCGCGGACGAGAUCACGUUCGACCAAGUCGACAUCCUCGACCCUCCACCACCCGACGCGGAAGACGCGGAAGCUGCUCUAACCAACAAGACCGCAAAGGUGGCGAGCGGUGGCGGUGGUGACGGGGCAGGCGCCGUCGCUUCGGCCGCCGCGGACGCCGGGGCGGACGAAGCCGUUGGGGGCAAGGAGAUCACCUUCUGCGUGCGUAACCAGGGAAGUUUCCCGUGCCGUUUCUUGUUUGCCAACCACAAGCACUUCAAGUUUUCUCCGAGCGUUGGGCAUCUCCCGGUGGGCAGCCGCCGUGAGAUACGGGCCACGUUUCACCCCUCGGAGCCGGUCAAGUACGACAACGAGCCGGUAGAGUUCGUCACGCAGAAGAUCAGGUACCCGGAGCCCGAUGCCGCCGAAGGGAGCGGAGACGACCCUGCUGCUUCGCAAGGCCGGCAGCAGCAGCAGCAGCAGCAGGAGCUCCACGAGCGCCGCACGUCCCAGCGCGUGGACCUAGAGUGGGACGACUCCAAGACACAGCUGCGAGAGGCCACGGAGGAGGACAUGGCGGUCCUGCUUCAGGAGGAGGCUGCGGCUUCGAAGCCGGACGCGCCCGACAAGCCCAAGAAGGGGGCCAAGAAAGGGAAGGAGCCGCCGCCCCCGGAGAUCCCGGCGGCCCCGACGCUGAGGCGGGGCCCCCUGUCGGACGGGGGCGUGCAGAUGGUGUACGCGGUGCAGCCGGAGCCGAGGUUCGAGCCCGUGGAGGGCACGAUCCCAUCGAAGAGACCCCUGCGGUGCUCCGGCGUGGCCGACCGCGCGCGGUUCGAGGUCGUGGACGGCGUGCCGGAAGGGAGCUCGGUCGUGGCCUUCAGCAACACGGCCAUGUUCCAGUGCCGGGUGCACGCGUUCACCGUCAGGAACCCGGGGACCACGCGGCUGCCGUACGAGUGGUCGCUGGCGAACCGGCGCAGCUUUGCGAGGGACGGCUCUGCCGGUCGGCCGGGGAGCCAACUGCUUACUAGCAGGUCGUUGGCGUUGAUGGACCUAGAUGCUGGUGCCGGGGGAGGGGCGAAGUUCAUCACCCCGUGUCCGUUUUCCGUGGAGCCGUACUCGGGGGACAUCGAGGCGGGAGGGGAGCAGUCUUUUGCUGUUCGCUUCGCUCCACAAGAGGUGGACGACUUUUUGUACGCGCUCUCAGCCAGGAUGCCGACGCUCCCGACGAAUCAGCCCCCCCUGAGCAUGACGCUUCGCGGCAGGUCUCUGAGACCCGUGUGCCACUUUGCACUCCAGGACUCACCGGACUACCUCCAGAGGCGGCAGAGCCACCUGCUGGCAAACGACCUCGGGCAGCAGGGUUUGGCGAUCGAAGCGGCUUCUGUGAGGGUGCUGGAGGUCACAAGCCGGGGGACACACGUGCGCAACACGAAGAGGUUCUACGUUGUAAACCCGACCAACGUAGGGUACGACUUCAGCUGGGAGAGCCAGGGGAACCCGCACCCGUCUUGGCGUUGCGUCACCCAGCGAGGCAUGAUUCUCGCGGGAAAGAGGGGAGAGAUGGUCUUCGAGUACACUCCGGACGACAUGGAGGUCGCCGAGGCUUUCUACCGUUUCAGAAUCCCGGAGCACGGGGUGAGUGAGCUGUUCCUGUUCGCGGGAGGCGUCGUGGAGCCCGACAUUGCCGUCGACCGGACCAAGCUGGACUACGGUGCCCUAAUGCUCGGCGCGGCCCUGAAGGAGACGUUCCACAUCGUCAACCGCGAGGCCAUGCCGCACAGCUUCGUGUUCGACAAGAACUCGCUCGGCAUGGCUCAGGUGGACGACGACCCCCGCAGACGAGCGGUCCUGGAAGUAAGCCCGACGUCCGCCCUCCUCCCUCCCAACGGCCGGGUGCCGAUAGAGGUGCACGCGAAGCUGCUGAUACAAGGGAAGGGCGGGGCCGACGAAGGAGGGGCGGAAGCCGACGCUGCCGCCGGGGGAAGCGGGGCAGUGGAAGCCCAAGGAGACGGAGGAGGCGGAGACGGUGGCGCCGGCAAGAACGCUGUCGCGCUCGAACUUCUUCCCUUCCCGCAAAUCAACGUCAUUGAUUUCGGCAGCAUCCACAUCAACGAGCGCGCGGCACGGAAGAUUACUAUCGUCAACCCAGGAAAAUUCAGCGUGGACUAUUUGUGGCAAUGGCGCACGCCAUCGGGUCCUGCGCUUCGCCUUUCUGGCGCAAAACAGGCCGGUAGUAUCAAGAAGGGGGAUCGUGCGGAGCUUAGCCUUGACUUUUUGCCAACAGGGGAGGUGCUGCUCGAUGGCCAGGACCUGAUCUGCACGGUGGCUGGCAGGUAUGAGUACGUGCUGCGGGUGGUCGGCCGAGGGAUCCGGCCAGGGCUUCACUUCUCCUUCCAGAAGCACGACUUCGGGCCGUGCUUCAUCACCCCCGCAGGCUCGAUCCCCAACCCGGAGUGCGUUAUCCUCAAGGUGACCAACCGCGACCCGUCUGCGGCGCUCAGCCUGGACUGCCUCCACCAGGGGGAUCGGUGCUUCUGGGUGACGAGCGAGCCCACCGUCCUGGAAGCCGGCCAGUCCAUCGACGUGCCGCUGCACUUCGCCCCGCGGGACGCCCGGCAGUACGCCUUUGGCGUGCCCUUCCUGGUGAACGGGAGCUACACGGUCAAGCUCCUCGUCGUGGGAGAGGGGUGCCCCGCGCGCCUCGAGCUGGCGAACCUGGCCCAGAAGCACUUGACAUUCGGCAUGGUGCCCGAGGGGCAGCAGGUGGCCAAGCAGGUGAAAGUGGUCAACCGAUCGAAGCGCGCGAUCGAAUUUGAGCUGGUGGACGCCCAAGAUCUCGGGACGGGAAGGCUGGAAGCGAAGAGCGUAAGAUACGUACCGGCCCUUCCGACAACCCUGGGUCCGCGAGAGAGCAUCAUGGUCGAGGUUUAUUUCUUCCCCGAGGCGCGCAUGCCAUCCUUUACGGAAACCCUGUUCAUGCGGGCGGGGGCGACCUCCGAGCUCAGCCCCCUCCUGUCCAUCUCCGGCCAGAGCACGGGCAUGGAGGUCGCGCUCGCGGUGGACGCGUUGCCGUUCGGCACGGUGUGCUCCGGGAGCCAGCGGACCCAGCGUCUUGGGCUCGAAAACCGAGGAGACCUCCCGGCUAGAUUCAGAUGGAACGAGGAAACUUUCGGCCCGCACUUCUCGGCAUCCCCUGUAGAGGGGAUAGUGGCGCCCUUGACCGAGACAGGGAUAGAGGUAGUCUUCACUCCCAAGAACGUGGACGACGACAUUCGGAGAGAGGGCGUGCUGUGCAUGGUUGAGGGGCAUCCACCGCUGGUGCUGACGCUGACCGGAUCAUGCGUGUCCCAGCCGUCGGACAGCGUCCACUUGCUGUCCUUCAAGUCACGCGCGAGGGUCGCGGCCGCUCAGUCGGUCAGCCUGGAGAACCCGACAGACAAAAACUGGUUUAUCACGCCGGUGCUUAAGGGAGAACACUGGCAAGGGGCCGGACAGCUGCAGCAUCUCCUCCUCGCCCUGUUGGCGAUGCGAGCGACCCCCGCUCUCGAGCGACACCCUCCAGCCGAAGUGGAGGUAGCCGUCAACAACAACAAGACGCUUCGCAGGUAA